UUUAAAGAGACGCGAUUGUACGUCGAGUAUUACGUUUUACAUCAAGUUGUCAAUUAAUCAAAUCCGGUCUUCUUCCUGAGAUUUCGUCGUACCGUUUUCAUGUUACCACAAUAACCUAUUCUUGUAUAUGAUGUUAAUGAUUUUGACAUUUGGGCUUUCCCUGUUUUCUCUGCCUCUCUUCAAAAAUACGUCGAAUUAAAAUACUAUUUGAGGCAACAUAAAAUUAUGCCAAAGUAUACUUUGAAUGUGUCAUGGGAACUUGAAUCUUCUUACAUAUAUCAUAUUACAUGAUGCAUAAACUAAAGUUUUCACAAAGAGACAAAGUGAAAAAAUUUAUAACAUUUACACAAACUGGAGAGCAAACUGCAAUAUAUUGUCUGGCUCAAAAUGAUUGGAAGCUUGAUUUGGCAAGCGACAAUUAUUUCCAAAAUCCAGAAGCUUAUUAUAAAGAACCAAAAAAUUCUGUUGAUAAAAAAAAAUUGGAAAUGUUAUACAGCAAAUAUCAAGAUCCAAGUGAACCCAAUAAAAUUACUGCAGAUGGUAUCAUGAAAUUUCUUGAUGAUUUAAAUCUCAGUCCUGAGAGUAAAUUAGUUUUGAUUAUUGCGUGGAAAUUUCGUGCCGAAACACAAUGCGAAUUCACUAAAGAGGAAUUUAUGAAUGGCAUGAUAGACUUGGGUGUGGAUAGUAUAGAUAAGUUAAAAGCGCGUCUAGGUAGUUUAGAAAAUGAAUUAAGGGAUCCUUUAAAAUUCAAGGAUUUCUAUCAUUUCACAUUUAAUUAUGCGAAGAAUACAGGGCAGAAAGGUUUAGAUUUGGACAUGGCCAUCGCUUAUUGGAAUAUUGUAUUAGAUGAUAAAUUCAAAUUUCUUCAAUUAUGGUGUCAAUUCUUACAGGAACAUCACAAAAGAUCAAUUCCAAAAGAUACAUGGAACUUACUAUUAGACUUUGCACUUAUGAUCAAUUCAGAUAUGAGUAAUUAUGAUGAAGAGGGUGCCUGGCCUGUACUAAUCGAUGAUUUUGUAGAAUGGGCACAACCUCGAGUUCGUCAAUCUCUCUAACGUUUUUUUCUCUUCUUUCUUUUUUUUUGCAACACUCGUCCAAAUCAUUCAUACAAAUGAUAACUUUAUCUGUUUGAUUAUAAAACAUAUAAUUUUCAAAUAUUUUGUUAAAUAACUAAUAUAACAUCAGUUUGCUUUUUUUCGUAAAUAAUUAUAGAUAAAUUAAUGUUCACAAUAUAAAAAAAUCAUUAUAUAUUAUAUAACAUCUAAUAUGUAUUUUCACCAAUUUAUAAUACAUUGUUUAGUAGAUAUUAUUUUAUUUACUAAAACAUAUGCAAAAAAGAUGAAAUAUCUUUUGAGUGUUUGCUUAAAAAGAAUAACGUUAUUUACUUAUAUUAUAAAUUUAAUUUAUAUGAAGUUUCUAUAUUAAUCACACAUAAAGUACUACAAAAUUGUCAUAUAAUUGUAAAAUAAUCUGAUUGUAAUUUUUUAUUUAUUUUUGAAGAGAAAAAAUAAGCAUUGCCUUGAAAUUGAUCAUAUUGUACAAAGUAAUAUGAUGUAUAAAAUGUUUAUUUACAUAUGAAAAUAUGAGAAAAAAUUGCUCAAUUACCUCUGCCAAAUACAUGUUUAUGUAUUUGUUGGUACUUGCAAGCAGCUUUUUUUCUUAAAAAGAAAAAAAGAUAUUUAAUUUUUAAGCAUUCUUUUAAAAUAAUAUGGUAAUUGGAAACAAAAUUGCUAGAUUAGGCUAUACGUUCUUGUAGAUAGUAAUUUCUAGAAAUUGUGUUGUUAAAAAUUGUUAUUAAAUAAAUUCUAUGAUACUCUAUUAUACAACAACUAAUAAUGUACAUAAGAGCAUAAAAAAGGGGAAAGAAAUCUGUAUUUUAGAAGCAUUAUUCUAUUUCGGCAUUCUACUUAUCUUUUAUAAUUAAUCAAAUUAAUUACACAGAGAGAGAGAGAGAGAGACAGAAAAAAAAUUUUUUUGUACUUUAGAUGAUUAUUUAUUAUUGUAUUUCUGAGAUAUAAUUGUUCUAGAUAAAAUACAUUAUUUUUUCCUAUAAAGUCAGAAGAUAAUUCUUAUUUAUGAAUAUAUGAUAUAACAUUACAUUUUGUAAUGAUACUCUUUACACAAACAGAUUUGAUUCUCUUAACAAAUUUGUCAUCAUUAUUUUAUACAUUAUACAUUGCCUUUAUAGUAAUGUUCUAUAUAAAGCCAUAUAUAUUUGUUUUCACAGUAAUAUAGCAAUUUUUAUUUACAUAAAAUAUAUCCAGAUCAUAGAGAUAUCAUAAUGUAAAGGAUUCUUUACUAUCACAGAGAAAAAACUAAAUUCUUAAGAAAUCAAAAUAUUGUAAUGAUUCUUAUAUAAUAUUACAAAGCCACGAAAACAAAACUUUCGAGUAAAAUUGUAUUGUCCACAUACGUUUUUGAUUAUAUUUUAUAUGUGAAAUAGACGAGGAAAGCAAAUCUCAAUGAGAUAUCAGCGUAAACUAAUUAAUAUGUAGUUGUUACAUAUCGCCAGGAGUACAUUUGUGCAAUGCUAAACUUGUUCAAAAAAGGAUAUAUAUGGUAUCCAUUCAGAAACUGUUAUUUAAAAUGAUGUUUCCCAAAAUAAAUCAGAUCAUUUUAUUAGUUAAUAGUUUCAGCAUUGUGUAACAAUAAAGCGUUUUAUCAGCCUUAGAAGAGAAACAGAGAGAAAGUAAAUUGUAUAUAAUGUAAAUAAAUAUAUCAGUCUUAAUCUAUACAUUCAGUUUGUCUGUUUCAAAACUGCUAAAUACACAUCGUGUAUAUUAUAUAUGUGUUUAAAUAAAAUGUUCUACUAAGUAUAUACAAUUA